GAAAAGGAAGCACAAGAACCCAUGUAAGAGAUUUCAAAGAUUCUCAGAAUCUAGAAUAUCUUGGUAUUUUUCAAGACAAGACAAGGUUUAGAUUAAGAACAUCGAAACAAUAUUUUAAGGCACUCGUGGAGUUGUGCAUAAGGUUGAUAGAACAUUGGAUUAUAGGGUAACAUUUGCAUACUUAUCAAAGAAGGAUUUGGAAAUCCAAUAAAGGAAGCUUUGAAAUUUUGUAAAUUUGGGGUUUGAUCAGAUGAAAUUGUAGGAGUGGAAAAUGAGUUGCUUUUCAUGUUGUACGUCCCAAGAGAGGAUCAACAAAAAGUCAUUGAAGAAAAGCGUUAAGGAAUGUCAUGAAGCAAAAGCUCUAGCUUCAUUUGGCAACAUCUCUUUAAAAACAGAUAGUGGGAAGAAAAAGUUCAUAGCAGAAGAGAUAACAAAGCUUGGUAAAGGAAAUAUUACCUCAAAGAAUUUUUCUUACCGUGAAUUAUGUGCUGCAACUCAAAACUUUCACCCUGCCAAUAUGAUUGGUGAAGGAGGCUUUGGGAGGGUAUACAAAGGACACCUUAAAGACACAAAUCAAGUUGUUGCUGUGAAGCAACUUGACAGGAAUGGAUUUCAAGGGAACAGGGAAUUUCUUGUAGAGGUUUUGAUUUUGAGUCUUUUGCACCACCCUAACCUUGUCAACUUGGUAGGGUAUUGUGCUGAAGGGGAUCAGAGGAUUUUGGUGUAUGAAUACAUGGUCAAUGGUUCUUUAGAAGAUCACUUACUUGAAUUAACUCCAGAAAGAAAGCCUUUGGACUGGCACACCAGAAUGAAAAUUGCUGUAGGUGCAGCAAAAGGACUUGAAUAUUUGCAUGAAGUAGCAGACCCACCUGUGAUAUACCGAGAUUUCAAAGCAUCAAACAUACUACUAGAUGAAAACUUUAAUCCAAAGCUCUCUGAUUUUGGACUUGCAAAGCUUGGUCCAACUGGAGAUAAAACACAUGUAUCCACCAGGGUGAUGGGAACAUAUGGCUAUUGUGCUCCUGAGUAUGCAUCAACAGGUCAAUUGACUACAAGAUCAGAUGUGUACAGUUUUGGAGUAGUCUUUUUGGAGAUGAUCACAGGAAGAAGAGUGAUUGACAAUUCAAGAGUAUCAGAAGAGCAAAAUUUAGUCAUUUGGGCACAACCACUCCUCAAAGACAGAAGAAAAUUUACACAAAUGGCUGAUCCAUUGCUAGAAGAAAAGUAUCCUAUAAAAAGUCUAUACCAAGCUCUAGCAGUAGCAGCAAUGUGUCUCCAAGAAGAAGCUGAAACCCGACCUUUGAUCAGUGAUGUAGUUACAGCUAUUGAAUUUUUAGCAAGGAAGAAAGUAGAAGUGGAUGAAGAUGAACUACACUCUAUAAAAGAAACUUCUCCUGAGAAUGGAGAUAGCAGUGAAAACAGUGAAUCUGAUGUUGAUGAAGAAGAGAAAGAGAACACUAAGAAAAAGGAGGAGAAGAAUGGUGAUGAUAUCAACAACAAAGAAUAG